CUUUUACGAUGGUAGUGAUUUGCCAGUAAACACAAAGAAGAAUUUUAGCGAGAGAGACGAUGCCAGCAGCAGAGCGAUCACAUGGUGUCAACAAAGUUGUGGACAACAUCUGUAGGCUUUCACCAGAUUUGCUGGCUGAAGCAUGUCAGCAUGUUCUGACUUAUCUUCAAGGGCAGACUAGAGGAGUAGAUUCGGCUGAAAUUUCUGAUAGAUUUCAGAAAGCUGGAGUCAGACUUGACCAUGAAGCUGUACAGAACAUUAUCAGAUUUCUCUUGUUAACAUUCAGGUCAGCUGGGAAGAACAACCUCUCUGGGGACGACCUUGUGUCGAGUCUGGAAGGCAGUAACAAGUGGCCUAAAGCUUCCCAUCAGGUGUUCCACAGGUUGUGGAGUGAACAUGGUGCAUUAGUCCAUGCUCAGCAGGAGGUCCAGGCUAUGCUCAGCAUCAGCCAGUUAGUGGACAUGCAGUGGAAGCUUGGGAUGGCAGUGAGCUCCGACACCUGCCGAUCACUCAGCUCCCCAUAUGUGUCUCUACUGCUGAAGAUCGUUGAGCCCUCUGGACAGAUUUACCAGCGGUCAUUUGAGAUGACCAUUCCACAGUUCCAGAACUUUCACAAGCAGUUCAAGGAGAUGGCAGCAGUUAUGGAGACUGUAUGAUGGUUGCAAGCACUCCUAAGUGUUUGUCGCAGUUUCACCCCCUGCUUACAUGUAAUCAGUGAAGGAACAGCUUGACAUGUGUUUGUCUGCUGGCUGUUUCAGUUGUCUGCUUUGCACUUCAAUUUUUCGUUCCACCUGCAUGAAGGUUAUAAUGUUGUCGGUUUUUGGUGCUGUUUUGCAUUAUAUAGAAAGGUGUUUGUGUUUAGCCAACACUCACCGAUAGUGACAGGUCUUUCUAUUAUUGUGUCCACCCCAUUCAUAACACAAUAUAAUUCAACAGCACCACAAAGUACAGCCUAAGACUGAACACUAACCUUUGUGAAGUAGGAUUUAUUGCAGGACUGCUGUAUUAAGCCCACAACAUAAAAUCCUGUAGACUAUAUAGUUUCAGUAAGUGGCUAAAUUUUCAUAUAAACUUUGCAGUACAGUUUUUAGUUUGAAAAGCUAAAUGGUCCAUGUGAACUUUUUACAGUCCUUGUGCUUUUUUGUUAAUGUUAAUAAAUCAUGAAGACUUUCUUUA